GAAGCUGUUGUUGUGGGUUCUCCAUAGCAACAGGAGAAUAAUACAUAAUGUGCUCUGCAACUGCCAGCUGCAAACAAACAACGUAGCAUGCGUCUUCCUGCACAUCAGGACAGUGAUGAGAGGGGAAAGCUAAAGUCCAUUGCCAGUACAUUGCAGUUCUAUCAUGUGGUCCUGGAGUGAGGUUAUGUCCUGGAAUGUGGUAACAGAAAUGGAACCACCUUGCGGCAGGAGUUUCAUGCAAAUGUUGUGUGAGAAGUACAGCCCGGAAAACUUCCCAUACAGAAGGGGUCCUGGUGCCGGAGUGCACGUUCCCCCUGGACCACAGGUGUCACCAAUGAAAGUCCGCUUGAAUCUCCCGAGUAUCCUGGUCUUGAACAGUUGUGGCAUCAGCCAUGCUGGAGAUGAAAGUGAGAUUGCUGCCUUUUGUUCCCACAUCUCAGAACUGGACCUGUCCGGGAACAAGCUGGACAACUGGCAGGAGGUCAGCCGAAUUGUGUCAAAUGUGCCUCAGCUGAAGUUCCUGAAUCUAAGCUCUAACCCUCUACACAUGUCCGUUUUGGAACAGGAGUGUGCCAGAGCAUUUUCUUGUAUCCAUAAACUGGUUCUCAAUAAUUGCAAAGUUUCUUGGGAAACGGUCCACACCCUGCUGUUGGAGCUGCCUCACUUGGAGGAACUGUUCUUGUGCCUUAAUGACUAUGACACCAUCGUGAGUUCUCCAGCUUGCUUUCGUUCACUAAAACUUCUUCAUAUUACGGACAAUAAUCUGCAGGACUGGUCAGAAAUUUGUAAAUUAGGCUCUAUGUUUCCAUGUCUCCAUACUCUUAUCUUAGCUAAUAACAACCGUCUGACGAUUGGGAACUCUGAGGAAUCACUGUCACGGCUGUUUCCGAAUCUCCGAUCAAUCAGUCUUCAUAAAUCAGGUAUACAUUCCUGGGAGGACAUUGAUAAACUGAAUUCUUUACCCAUGUUGAAAGAAGUGCGGUUAUUGGGUAUUCCUCUGGUGGAGCCUUACAGCACAGAGGAGCGAAGGAAAUUAGUGGUUGCAAGAUUGCCGUCUGUUUCCAAACUGAAUGGCAGUGUUGUCACUGAAGGUGAAAGAGAAGACUCCGAGAGAUUCUUCCUCCGUUACUAUAUGAAUUUCCCAAAGGAAGAUGUUCCAUUAAGGUACCAGGAGCUGGUUAGGAAGUACGGCAAGCUGGAGCCCCUAGCUGAGGUUGACCUCCGUCCACAGAACAAAGCCAGUGUUGACAUUCACUUUGAGGAGAAAGUACAGAACAUAAGUAUCCGGCUCGAUCAGACCGUGGCUGAAUUCAAAAAGCAACUUAAGACUUUACUACAGCUGUCCACGAACAACAUGCGGCUUUACUACUUGGACCACGAGGCCCCUUUUGGGCCCGAAGAGUUGAAAUUCAGCACACGAGCAUUACAUUCAUAUAAUGUCCACGACGGAGUCAAAUUUUAUGUAGAACCAAAAAUCAAAUGACUUUUAGUAAUAGAUAUAUAUUAUUUAUGUAUAGAGGCUCUAUCUACAGUUUUGUUUUUUGUUGUUGUUUUUAUUGAUUUCAUUGUCUUUUAUAUAUGUUACUUUUUAAUUCCCUUUUAUGUCUAAAAAUAGCUAUGCACUGGAGCCCCCUCUGGUAGUCAAUUGUGAGAGAUUAUCUUUUAAAGAAUAGAAGUCACAGUCUCACCUUUUGAUGAUGGAUUUAAAUGUCCCCCUCAUGCAGCUAGUAUCUACCCUCUUGCCUGACGUGUAGCACCUGGUAUACGCAUGUUCUAAGCAUUAACAAUUGCACUAAUAAACAGUGAUCACAACUGGUCAGGUCACACACACUAGCUACAGGAAACCAAAGGGUCGUUGAAUAAACAGUAUCAAAGCUUUCUACUGCAGGGCAAUUGUCCGGAUUUACAAUGUGCUUUAGAUAGUGCUUUAUAUAUCUGUAACUAAGCACAUUAUAUCAGCAGGAUUGCCACACUUUUAUCUAGGGAAUUGUUGUUUAUUUUUUUGUCCAUCUCACCCUAUCCCUGCUCUCCCCAAAAAGUACAAUUCUGAUAGGUUGACCACAAGGAUUCCAGAUGCUCCAAAAUUCCCACUCUGCUUCCCAACACAGUGACAUCAGAUGAAUUUCAGAGGCAAAUUACUGAAUAUAUAUAUAUAUAUAUAUAUAUAUAUAUAUAUAAUAGAGUGGCCAGAAUUAAAAAUCAGAGAAACAGCACUUUAAUAAUACUGUAUAUCGCCAAUAUGCGGUCAAGCCUGUGAAAGGGUAUUGAUUAAUGUUUCUGUUCUCAUGGACCAUUGUCAGUAUGGUGGCCAAUCCCAGGAUCGGUAUCCCGGGAUUUAGGGCCAAAAAUGGCCGGGAUUCAAUCCCGGGAAUGGAAGCUCUAAUCCCGGGGAUUGAGGGAUCAGCGUUGUACGUCCACAGGACGCUCAGACGCUGCCCGGCUUCCUUCUUCCGGCUCCCCAGCGCAGCGUGAGAGCUGUCAGCUGCUACAGGGAGCCGCCAGCAGCGAUGAGAGGUUGUUCCCCACCCGCCCACCCCCGGUAUAUGGUGAGUUAUGUGUGCGGGGCGAUGGGGCGGCCACCUAGCUUCCCUAAUUGUCAGUGUCUACAGCACAAAAGCAACAGCCAAACAGACAGCAUCCAAAUCUAGAUUUUGUGCAUUACUGAACUAUUGCUGUCGGCCAGCGAGGAGCCACCUAGUGGAUGUAUUUAUUGGGACAAGAGUGCAGAUCAUAAAUUAUAUAUAUAUAUAUAUGAUGUUCACCUUUUAAAUGUUUAUUCAUUAUAUUAAUAACAAUGCGCAUAAUUUAUUUUAUUAUCUAUUGAGCUCCUUCACGUAUAUAUAUUUAGCUUCUUAUGUUCCCCUCCCAACCUGUUUCUGUUGCCUUGUUCCAUCCGCCUUAGAUAAUAUGCUGUAAUUUACCCCCCUGGAAAAAGUUCUUUCACAUCAAAGUAUUUGACCUUUUCUUAAAGAUGGGGAGUACAGUAUCUUAGCACAAUAUUAUCUGAAUCCCCAAUUACCCUUCGCAACCUAUAUUCACUCUUCUCCGUUUUCUCGUUGGCAGAUAAUCUUUAUCAACUUUUAAUUAAACUCCCAUUGAAUUAACUCUAUACUGUUUCCUCUGUGGAUUUCUUUCUUCCCCUUCCUUUGACACUUGCUGUAUAUAUUUUCCCCUCUUUCCCCUCUUUUGCAGUGUUUGGAGGAUUCUAUUUCUUUCCUGUUAAGUGAAUAUAAAAAAGGAACAAAGUAAAUUGUGAAGCUUUCUUCCCAGAGGUAUUUUCUCCAACUCAUAUUUCACUCAAAGGGGUCACAUAAAAAGAACUAUUUAACUCAGAGAGACUUGCACAGGAAAAUACGUAGAAAGAAAUAUAACAAAUUGACUUAAACAACACUAAGAAGAGCCAUGUCCUUAGACGGGGAACGGUAUUGUGGUUUUUGGAUGUAUGUGCUAAAAGAUGAUUCAGGAGAACAGUUAUAUUCAAAUCAUUUUAAUAUUAUUUACAUGCAUAAUCCUUAUGGCAAAACACGUAUGACAUGGUACUUCCUUCUUUACAGUGGUAUAAAUGGAGACACGGCUUAACACCUUUUGGUGGUUAUUUAAUUUCAAAUAAAUAAAAAAUAUAAACGAA